AUGCUGCCCCGCUGUCGCCUUCUCCUUUCGGGAUUCAUAAAAUCUGAAAGUUGGUUGGAAGCCAGCCAAGUCCACUUCCGUCGGUUUCGCUCCAACGACUCGCGUCAACAACCAAGAAAUUCACAUUAUUCUCCAAAAACUUUUUCCGGUAAUCAACGUGGUAGCUUCAAACAUGGUGGUCGUUCCAACCCUCAGUACGUCACGAAGCAAAAGAAGGGUCACAUCCUGGACGGUUUCUCAGUACGGGACGCUAAUGACACUCUCCUCGUCAUGGAAAAACAGGUCCACAAAUGGGCUGAUCUUCCGCACGUACAUCGUCGCCUGGAGUCCUUCGGGGUACCACGAACAGACGUCCAGUCCAUUCUUUCAAUAUUCGCCCGAGAGGUCAGCUCUGGGCUCCUUCACAAUCCAGUCAAGCAGAAAAAGUACCACGUAGAGAGAUUUGUUCUCACAGCAAAAGAACUGAAUCAAGGACUCCGGCUAGACCAGAAUCUCACUCAACUUUUCUACUCCUGGGCGUCCGACCCCGAGCAACAAGAAGUUAUCCUGAAAUCAGUGUCGCAGCAUACGCUGGAACAAAUUUCAUAUCUAUACUCAACCGCAGAUAUGUCAUAUCCUGCGGAUAUGUACCCUAAAGCGCGCUCAAUGCGUCGCAAGGUCAUCAUGCACGUUGGGCCUACUAAUAGUGGGAAGACCCACAUGGCUCUACGUGCGCUCGCGGCGGCGAAGACUGGUGUCUACUCUGGUCCUCUGCGGCUACUCGCACAUGAAAUUUGGGACCGGCUCAAUAAGGGCCAGAUCGUGCCCCUCGGGAUGGAUCCAGACCCCGACUCUGAGCCAGACACAUCUACGAACAUGGAUAUAAUCGAAGAGUCAAUGUCCAGACCAACCGUACGGAAAGAAGGGAAGGCGAAGUACGCACGAGAGUGCAACCUUCGCACUGGAGAGGAGUUUAGGAUCGUUUCCGAGUAUGCCGGUCUUGUGAGUUGCACGGUAGAGAUGACGUCUUUGAGUCUUCCGGUAGAAGUGGCAGUCGUGGACGAGAUCCAAAUGCUUGCUGACCCAGACCGUGGAUCCGCAUGGACCGCUGCUGUGUUGGGUCUACCUGCCGAAGAACUCCAUUUAUGUGGCGAAGAAGUUGCGGUCCCAAUUGUCCAAGCGCUCUUGAAUGAUACAGAUGACGAACUUUUUAUCAACCGCUACGAGCGUUUGACACCUCUUACUGUUCAAGACGAAUCUCUCGAGGGAGAUUUCGGUAGAGUCCGAAAGGGCGACUGUCUUGUCGCUUUCUCGAGAAGCAGCAUAUUUGCGCUGAAGCGCAAGGUAGAAGAGAAUACAGGUUUGCGUUGUGCCGUUGCAUAUGGGCGACUUCCACCUGAGAUCCGUGCCGAACAAGCGGCGCUCUUCAAUAAUCCUCAUAGCGGCUAUGACGUGAUGAUCGGAAGUGAUGCCAUCGGCAUGGGACUUAAUCUCAAAAUCAAACGGAUCAUCUUCGAGACCUUGCGCAAAUUUGACGGUACUGUAGAACGCGCUCUAUCAGUUUCCCAAAUCAAGCAAAUUGCUGGGCGUGCGGGACGCUAUGGCCUUCAUGGUGAACCUGGAGGCUUCGUUACGACUCUCCAUGCAGAUGAUCUCCCAAUGCUUCACUCUGCGAUUCUGCGCCAACCAGAUCCUAUCAUAUUUGCAGGCGUCUCUCCUACUUUGGCCUGGGCUGAGAGUGUUCUUCAAGCACUUCCUGCCGGUGCUUUGCACCACACGUUAUUGGAGGUGGCCCCAUAUGUCUCCAAUGUUCGGCCCCCUUGCCGUGCCUUCGUUCCCUCCAAGAUUGAGGAAAGAUCUCGGUUCAUCGAAACUCACGCCAAACAUAUGAAACUAUAUGAUAGACUUCUCAUCGGCGGUUCACCAAUGAAUUGGCGAGAUGCCCUUGCAGUGGAAUUCACAGCUCGCCUAUGUCAGAUAUACAACGAGAAGAUCCGAGUCCCUAUCUUGCACGCCCUCCGGGUCGGCCCGUAUAUAGAAGCACUGGAGAAUGUGGAAGGGAUGAUGUCCGGCGGCAAGUCUUCUGCUGGUGCGCCGUCUCAGGGCCUCGUAACUCUUGAGGGACUUCACAAAUCGCUCGUGCUCUAUCUGUGGCUCAGUCAUCGCCUGCCUGUGGCGUUCUAUCAGUCGGAGGAAGCCUACGCACUUAAGGAGCGCACAGAAAAAGCCCUUGAUUGGUGUCUGCGGAACGUGUCUACGAAGGUGGCAGACAGACAGCCCGCUAGUCUUGGACUGAGGGUUUCUUCGGAAGCCGAGGACGGUGUAGAAUAUCGCCGUAUCCCAGCCACCCGCCCUCAGGAAGAGAGUAACCGAGAGUUGGGGGUGAGGUAUGCAAAGUUGUUGAAUUCGGAAAGGCGGAGCGCUCGUAGUCAACGGUAG